AUGAAAUAUAAUAGUUUGGCGAUUAAUAGAAUCAAAGGUUUGUUCAUCACAAUUAUAUCGGAGCGAUCAGUGAUCGAAAGGAACGAAAAUUAUCAAAUGGAGGAAGAAUAA